ACUUGUAUUUUAUUAUAACGUGGAACUUGUGAAACACUGGUUUUGAGUUUGUCCUUUAUACGUGUUUAAGUCGGAUACAAAAUCACUCUCGAUUGAAAUGUGUAAAUUUUAUUUUUUACUUUUGUUUUGCGUCAGAUUGGUAAAUUGUGAAAUAUUUUCUGCUAUCGAGGCGCUGGAAGAUCAAUUUCAUAAUGAGAAUUUGAUAAUAAAACAAUUGGAAAAGUUUGCUGAAAAAAUCCAAGAUGAUUACGUUGACAGAAAGCUUAAAGCAUGGCGAGAUGAGCACACUAUAGCCGAAGCCGAUGUAUCGCGUUACAUUACCAAUCCGCUUAAUGCAUUCUUGAUAAUUAAACGUAGCAUUGAAGAUGUAAAACUUAUCGAAUCCCGUUCUCCAGGAGUAUUCAAAGAAUUCCGGUCGAAAAUUAAAAAGUACCGAGCUAAUGAUGGAGACUUACUGGGGGCCGUCGAAGGAGUGUUAAGACUUCAAUUUUUCUACAAACUUAAAACAAUUGAUUUCGCAAAUGGAAUCAUUGACGGUGACGAAACAAGGUCACCGCUGUCUGUUCAUGAUUUAUUUGUUAUCGGUGAAAAGGCUACGAUGAUUGAAGGACAAGAUUACAACUACUUUGCAUUGGAAUACUUGCAAUUAGCUUAUGAGAAGCUACAACAGGGACAUGAUGUGAACGGUGAGGUUAGUGAUGACACCUUGAUACGGCGCUUGAUUUCAACCUAUAAAACUGUACGAAAUUAUGCGAAGGCAUUUGAAAUGUUAGAAGUUCUAAAACUCAAAUUUCCUUUGGAUGAUGGCGAUAAGUCUUACUCACGCCUAAGUGACUCGUUACAUGCUGCACGAAAGAAAUUCGGUUCGAACAACAUCAUCGUCAACGAUUUAUUUUCCGAUAAGUUUACUCACGAUGGCACCUUCUCCGUCUUGAAAGAUCGCAUUCUUAACAGUCAAAUAUGUCGGGGAAAUGUUUCCAGAACUGCUCAUGAAAUUUCUAAGCUUCGCUGUCGCUACGUGUCAACUAAUCCAUUUUCGACACUUGCUCGUUUUAAAGUCGAAGAAGUGCAUCUGGAUCCUUACGUAGUUUUGUUCGUCGAUAUUUUAUCCGACGAAGAACUUGCGGUUCUUAAGGAAUCGUCGAAACACCAGUUAAGUCGUGGCAUGGCUACUCAGGAUGGUGCGGUAACAAAUCGCAGAGUAGCACAAAUAUCAUGGCACUAUCAACAAGAUCACGAAGUCUUCCGUACGCUAAGUCAAAGAGUCGAGGAUAUGACUGGCUUAUCAAUGGAAACUGCUGAACCGUUACAAACACAAAAUUACGGUAUUGGUGGACAUUACGAUGGUCACUGGGAUUGCGUUAUGAAAUUUGAUACUCCGUUUCACACUUAUGGUGGAAACAGAAUCGCAACAGUCCUUUUCUAUUUAUCAGAUGUGGAGAAAGGCGGCGGCACUGUUUUCACCUAUCUUAAAUUGUACGUAGCACCGCGCAAAGGAGCAGCGAUAUUUUGGUAUAACAUGACACCGAGUGGAUCGUGUGAUUUUAAAACAAGGCAUUCUGCCUGUCCAGUCCUAUUGGGCAGCAAAUGGGUUGCAAACAAAUGGAUUCGAGAAUAUAGCAACGAAGUUAAGCGACCGUGUGAACCGGGAAACGUAUACGACGAUGAUAAAAUGUUUGAAUAUGCUUUAAGUUUCUAUUGAAUAAAGAAUU